AUGUCGCUCGUCAACUUCUUCAACGAGUUCGACCAGCUCUUCGACGAGGCGUUCGCCCGCCGUGCUGACGGCGGCAGCGACAACCAGCUGCAACACCAGCCCGGGAACGCCAACAACGCGCCUCGUGCCCUCCGCCCAAAGAUUGACCUCCACGAAGACAAGGACAAGAACCUCGUCACCGCGACGUUCGAGCUUCCGGGCAUCAACAAGCAAGACGUCAACAUCGAGGUCCGCAACAACGUCCUGAGCAUCUCGGGCGAGUCCAAGUUCUCGUCGGACCGGGACGAGAAGGGCUAUCUUGUGCGCGAGCGCCGCUUCGGACGCUUCGCGCGUUCUCUCCCGCUUCCUGAGGGCGUCAAGCCCGAGGAAAUCAAGGCGUCCAUGGACAAUGGUGUCCUCACCGUGACGUUCCCUAGGCAGACGCCUGAGCAACUUCCGAAGAGGAUCUCCGUCGCUUGA